UUCCUAAUUCAAAAAGAAAACCCCCAAAGGGCUCGCGUAGGUUUUCUGCAUUUUCCCUAAAAUUUGCAUUUCGAUCCUUCUCUCUCAGCAACAAUUUUUUCCCCUUCUCACUUCUGAUUAGCCGAUUUUGGGAUUUUGGCUUGGGGCUUCUAGGGUUUUUGAGGAGGAAAUUUUGCCGAUUUUUACUACACAAUGUACGCUGAUCAAAUCGAGUCUCAAUCUAAUAGGUCGGUCAAGGAUCGCCUGGAUGGAAAUUCCACCGCCGGUCUUGGACGCCGCAGACCUAUCGCCGGCAAGAGGGCAGUUUUUCUUGUGGAAGAAGUGUCUAGCAGAUCACUGUUUUUCCUUCCCUGGAGAAAAUGAAGCCCCCUUAUUUAGCGAAUUCAAUUAUUUCAUGCAGACAAAGAGAAGACGAUGACAAAUGGGAACAUGAUCUUUAUGAGGGAGAUGGACCCCAAGUCUCGGGUCGAAAGGUUGGUGCCAGAGAUCUUCGCCUGAAGCUCCAAAGAAAGAGUAUUGAGCAAUCGUCACAAUUUGUGCGGGGACCUGGAGGUGGAAGGGAUCUGCGUGAGAAGCUCUCUGGUGCGCUCUACUCUCGUCCUGUUGAGUACAAGCCUCCAGCAGUCCGGCCAAAGCCCGUAACCGAAGCUAGUAAACCAACUAGGAAGAGUGUCAUAGCUCAAGCCCCUGUGCGACAAGAAGCAAGGGUUUCUACAUCUGUAUCAAAGAAAAAGGUUCAGCAGAAGGUCGAUUCUGUGGAAAAUUUCUUGCAGUCGCUGGGUCUCGAUAAAUAUGCGAUUACAUUUCAGGCUGAAGAAGUUGAUAUGGCAGCUCUGGUACACAUGAGUGAUGAAGAUCUUAAAGCUAUGGGAAUUCCAAUGGGCCCAAGAAAAAAGAUACUUCUGGAAUUGGAGUCGAAGCGUGAUGACUGAGCUGGGCAAGUCCUAUUGGCGUUCUUGGAUGUGGGGGUCGGUCGUGUCAAUUGUUGGCGAACCCUGAUCGGGGGUGGCUUUUUUUCUGUUCGUAAAACUUUCACGUAGUUCUCUAUGAUAGUUUCAAGUUUUUGUUUGUCAAAGUUUGGCUUGAAUGAGCUUAUCAUUGUAAUUGAAAUAUACAUCAUAUAAAUCGAACCUUUAGUUGGUCAUUUGUUGGUUAAUGUUUGCUGUUCAUGUUUUUAUUAUUAAUUUAAACUUGUAUCAGGAACCUUCUUUCUGAAAUCGAUUUUUUUCCAAAUUAA